UGGUUUGACGAGGGCCGCCCAGCCAUGUUGAGAAGUCUGUCAGGCGAACUGCAGCCCGCCAUUGUGUAGAAACCAGGCUCUGUAGAGAGAUAGGGGCACUUGGCAAAACUCUUCUAUAGCUAGUCAAUUUCUCUACCCCGCCGCUUUUAUUUAGAGACAAAUAUAGUUCCACAGGCUCCACGGGGUAAAGACAUGUCAGCCAGCAGCCUUCUUGAACAGAGACCGAAAGGCCAAGCAAAUAAAGUGCAAAACGGAGCUGUGACCCAAAAGGAUACUUUGAAUGAUGAUGAGUUCGAGCCUUACCUGAAUACUCAGGCCAGACAGAGCAAUGCCUAUACGGCCAUGUCGGACUCGUACAUGCCCAGCUACUACAGCCCCUCCAUAGGAUUUUCCUACUCCCUGAACGAGGCAGCAUGGUCCACUGGUGGAGACCCUCCUAUGCCUUACCUGGCCUCCUAUGGACAGCUGAGCAAUGGAGAGCCCCACUACCUCCCGGACGCUAUGUUUGGCCAGCCAGGCCCCCUUGGGAGCAACCCUUUCCUGGGCCAGCACGGCUUCAACUUCUUCCCUAGUGGCAUCGACUUCUCGGCGUGGGGCAAUAGCAGCUCUCAGGGACAGUCGGGCACACCGCAGAGCUCUGGCUACAGCAGCAGCUAUGCCUACGCCCCCAGCUCACUCGGUGGUGCUAUGAUUGAUGGACAGUCUCCAUUUGCCCCUGCUGCCAAUGAACCCCUCAACAAGGCACCUGGUAUGAACAGCCUUGACCAGGGCAUGGCAGGGCUUAAGAUAGGUGGUGCUGCCCCUGGUGGUAGUGGGGACAUGGCUCCUAAAGUGGUCGGCUCUGGCUUACCUGGUGGGGGCCCACUUGGCCCUGUAUCAUCUGUAGGACCCCCCAGCAUGCCCCCUGUCUCUAUUGCCCCUGCCAAGCCCGCCUCCUGGGCAGAUAUUGCCAGCAAGCCAGCCAAGCCUCAACCCAAGCUGAAAACCAAGGGCGGCAUGGCUGGUGCCAAUUUGCCUCCUCCGCCCAUCAAACACAACAUGGACAUCGGCACUUGGGACAACAAGGGUACCAUGCCUAAAGCUGCCACCCCUCAGCAGGUGCCCUCUAUCCCCAGCAAUGGGCAGCCGCCCAAUCAGGCCUCCCCCCAGCCUGGAGCUACUGCUGGGGGGACCCCACAACUGCCCCUCAGCAAUGGACAGUUGGUCCCUCCUGUUGCCCAGAUGGGCCAGCAUCAACUUCCACCCAAUGGGCAGCCAGGGAUGGCUCAAAUGCCCCCACCGUCUCUCUCCCAGGGUCCCCCUCCUCCCCCAGCCCAACAGCAGCAGCCCUCUCAACCCACUCGCUGGGUCCCUCCGCGGAACCGGGCCAAUGGGUUUGGGGAUGCUGGUGGGGGUGGUACGGGCCAGUCCCCUCCCACCUCUUCAGGUGUGGGAGUGGUUCCAGGGGUCCCUUCCGAGCCUCACCCAGUCUUGGAGAAGCUGCGCAUGGUCAACAACUACAACCCGAAGGACUUUGACUGGAACCCCAAGCAGGGCCGUGUGUUCAUCAUCAAGAGCUACUCUGAGGACGACAUCCACCGCUCCAUCAAGUACAACAUCUGGUGCAGCACGGAGCAUGGCAACAAGCGGCUCGACACAGCUUACCGUUCGCUGGGUGGCAAAGGCCCACUUUAUCUUCUUUUCAGCGUCAACGGGAGCGGCCACUUCUGUGGCGUCGCAGAGAUGCGCUCGCCUGUGGACUACAACACCUGUGCUGGCGUGUGGUCACAGGACAAGUGGAAGGGUCGCUUUGAUGUGCGCUGGAUUUUUGUAAAGGACGUUCCCAACAGCCAGCUGAGGCACAUUCGACUGGAGAACAACGAGAACAAGCCAGUGACCAACUCUCGGGACACGCAGGAGGUGCCAUUGGACAAGGCCAGGCAGGUGCUGAAGAUCAUCGCUGGAUACAAACACACCACCUCCAUCUUCGAUGACUUCUCUCACUACGAGAAGCGCCAGGAAGAGGAGGAGUGUGUGAAAAAGGUGGAAGUCCAAGGCAGCGAGCCAUAUCCCAGCAACCCAAGCAACAGGAGUCAUUACAGGCUUCAGGAGCGCCAAGGACGAGUCAAGUAACAGUCAGCGCUUUGGGCAAAAGACUGCAAUGGCCCCCCUUACCCUCUGUCCACCCCAUCACAUCCAGAUCUCUAAGAAAUUCUAAUAGGGGUGAAGAAUUAACCAAGGACAAGAAAAACUAAAUGAAGACUUUCUUGAUUUCUUUUGACUUUAAAGACUUACUUCGAACUUGUAGUAAAAAGAAAAGGAAAUGAUUAUUCAUAGGACUACAACUAAAUGCAUAGCAUCCUUAGGUGAAAUCUUUUUUGCCCCACCCCGUUCCACUGCAUAUGCUUUUUUGUCAUUGUAUGCCUCUUUUUCUUCUUCUUUUUUUUAAAUGAAAGGAUCAUCCUGUUUUUACAGUCCAAGAGCAAGUCUGUAAUUUUCACACAAACACACAAAUCCAAAAGUAAUUCGUAGUGUUGGCUUACAGUAAUCCCCCAGAGUCAAGAAUGGGCAAAUUGUCUUCUUUUCCUCAUAAACCCCAAACUCCCUUUUCUGCUGAGAGCCCGAAUCUUCCAACCAGGACCCAGCGGAGUUUCCUGCUCAGUGGAUGUUCAUCGUAGGCGGGUGUCAACAGCGCUGUCUCAAGAAUUUGUCUUGCGUACUUGCCAUCUUUUUGUUACAGAGAGGACUACAGAUAUUCAGAAUGGCCCUCUGUUGUAUUUUUUUUUUUUUUUUUUUUUGGGUGCGUGUGUUUGGGCAGUGUGUGUCAGAGGUAGGGGUCUGGUGGGAGUGGGAGAGAAAGUAGGGAAAGGGGUCAAGAGUUUGAAAGCAGAAUGUUAAGUUGAUGAGCCAUGCUCUGUAUAAUUUUUAUUGUAUACAAAUUGGGGCCCGCCGAUGACAGUCUGUUGGACUUAUUUACCCUCUUUUUCAUUUCUCUUUGACAAGUUCAUUGUUGCUAUGGGCUGCUUUCUUGUUUUUUUGUUUUCUCUCCUUCCUCCGUUUCUAAAGACAGUGACGUGAGUGGCCUUGCCCCCACUCUUUCUAUUAAUCAGUUCAAAAGUAAUAAAUGUGGUAUAUUCAGCAUAACUGGUGUGCAUUCCCCUUGUUUGACUGUGUAAAGCAGUUUUGUCAUGCAGUGAGUCUGUGCAUUCUUUUGUCUUUCUUUUCUCAAAAGGGUAUAUGAAUGAAUGUUUAAUUUUCCUGGUUAACCUACAUACUCAAACCCACCCAUUCCCCACCUGGACUUGACUGUCACCCACAUCCUCUGCACCUCUAAACCAUUCUACUUACCAACCCUCCUCUCCCCUCACACUCCUGUCCUCCCAUUUCUGACUGCUCAGCCAGCCAUACUAUAAUAUCACAAUCAUUGCAGCCUCCACCAUUCUCUCAGAAUGUCAUUGUUGGUGAAAAAAAGAAAAGAAGAAAAAAAAAAAAAGAAACGCAAGGUCCUCUUUCAAAACUACUGGCUUUUAUCUGUGGCAUAAUAAAGAUGCUCCACAAAGUGAA